CGCUUCACUGCGCCGUGUUGACAAAACCGACCCCGCCGCUCUUUCGUUUUCUGCACAACCAAACAUCGCCUUCAGAGCAUCCGUCCACCACGCACCCAUCCAACAGAAACAGAGAUACUGCCAACACUACCACCGCUCCUCGUCGAUUCCCAUCACCAUGGCCGACCUUGCUACGGAGCUGAUUCGCACUGUGUCGCGUGCUUUCUAUACCACCGACCAUAUCCUGGUUGUUGAUGCGCUUAUGAAGCACUCGACGUUGCAGGACACCGAUUUGGCCCACGUCCUUGGUACCCAGGUGAAGCCACUGCGUAAGGUCUGUGGCCGACUGAGGGAAGACGGCCUCAUCGCUGUGCAGUCUCGAGCAGAGCGCCGUACUGACGGUACGGGCGGCUACUAUGGUGGCGCACCACAGCAAGGGAAGGAGCGAUUGACGAACCGUGACUGGUACUACAUCAACUACCACCGCGCAAUAGACAGCAUCAAGUUCAGACUGCACAAAUUAAGCAAGCACAUCGAGUCACAAGGCGCGUCGACUACCGAGAAGAAAGAUCUUCGAUGCUUAACAAAGGGAUGCGGGAGAUCGUAUACUGAACUCGAAGCUAUGGACAAUCUUGACCCAAGCACCGGCUCUUUCCUUUGUGCCAAGUGCGGUGCAGCACUCGACCCCGUGGACGAAGAGGAGCGCGCCAACGAAAAUGAGAGCAUGAAGCGGAUGAACCAACAGUUUGCCAAAUUAGUUGAGCUCAUGCAGAAAAUCGACGCUGCUGCCGUACCGGAGAAUGACUUCGAAACUGCGUUGAGCAAGCAGAUGCCAAUCGAGAAGACUGACGCUCAUCCUGGUACGCGUACUGAGAUUGUGGACGUGCCAAAUCGUAACCUGCAAAGCACCAAGGGCCUUGAAAUCAAGCCUGAGAAGAUCGCGGUCGAGCUCAAGGAUGAUGAGGACGUUAAGCGCGAGAAUGCCGCAGCAGAGGCACGAGCUAGGAAGGAGAGAGAGGCAAGACAGAACGCCCUACCGGAAUGGAUUUCAAAGUCUACGAUCUCCGGGGACAUCACAGCUGUCGGCGCCAAAGAAGAAAAGCAACGUCUGGAACGCGAGGCACAUACUGGUGGUCUGCCGAAGGACGAUGAAGAUGACAAGAAGGUCGUUAAGGGCGAUAGCAAUGACAUGGACGCAAUCUGGAAGGAACUUGAAGCACUGCAACAGAAAGAGGCCCAACUCCGGAAAGCCGAGGAAGACGAGGAGGAUGAUGAUGACGACGAGGAAGAAGACGAGUUCGAGGACGUCGAGGGUGUCGCCGGCACGCCUGCAGCUAACGAUAACAACAAUGGCGCUACCAGCACAAAUGGCGCGAACACACCAGCGAACGUGGACAGCAGUAAUGCUACUGAAGACGAACGUGAUUCAAAGCGCGUGAAAGUAUGGGCGGCUUCAAGCAGCUCUGCUCUUCCAAACGGAGCCAAGACCCCAGCACAGGACACUCCAGCUGCUAGUGAUGCGGACGAUGAUGAUGAGUUGGAGUUCGAGAACGUCUAGGAGCGUUUGAGGAAGAAGUUUUUCCCUAAAGGAACACUUUUCCCACCUUGCACACCAUCACUUUCGAAGUCGGCCGCAAGAAGCCCACGCACCGAUGGCUGGGGCGGAGUUUACACACCUUAUCAGUUUUCGGACGACUGCAAAAACUCUGCAGACCCAUCUGAUCUCGAACCUACCCCAGUUCGAGGCCCAAACCCACAGCCGGACGCCUCGCAACCCGAUGGCAUCACGAACGGAUAUACAAAUGGUUACACAAAUGGUCACGUAAGUGAUGAUACGGAGGACGACGAAGAAAAUGGUACAAGUCGUAUGAGGUUCUGGGACGACCUCACCCCGGAACAGCAGGCCCGCCUCUCACGAGAAGAGGACAAGUGCCAACCUUGCAUUGAUGCCGAGGCCAUGUGUUUCUGGUAUAUCGGCGGACCUCGUCACCCGCCCUGCUACCGCUGCGCUGAAGAGAUGGCAGAACACUGUCGUGUACCGGGAGCGUGAUAAACUCACUCUUUGAUCACAGCACCGGACGUGGCUGCAUGUUUCGGGGUGCCUCCAUUUUAGAAGCAUUGUCAUUCGUAGCACAGAACAACACGUUCACCAGAGUAUCGACGCGAGAAUAGCGUUAUCGCAAAUAUAGCCACGCACUCGUUUGCGCAAUGCAUGUUUAUGCACA